ACUUUUAUCUCUUACUUGACAACAUGAGCGUUAACUUCGAAGGAGUUCAGGCGGCUAUCGCCAAGAACGCGACGAUCUUGGAUGUGCGCAACCACGACGAGGUCGAGAAGGAUGGCAAGAUUCCAGGCUCCCACAACGUCCCUCUGCCGGAGUUGGAGGCUCAUAAGCCAUUUAAUCACCUCCCCAAGUGCCGGAGUUCGAGGCUCAUAAUCUAUUCAAUCACCUCCCCAGUGCCGGAGUUGAAGGCUCAUAAUCUAUUUAAUGACCUCCCAAAACAACACUUGACGUACCAGGGAUCGUUCAGCGACUGGGUGGCCCACGGCGGCGAUGUUGACAAGCACGAUCAUUGA